UGGCGAGAGUGGAGCAGGUAAAACGGAAAGCACCAAACUGAUAAUGCAGUAUCUAGCCGCUGUUAACAAGUCACCUAGCAACCUUAUAACAGAACAAAUCCUGGAGGCCAGCCCCCUACUGGAGUCUUUUGGUAAUGCAAAAACGGUUCGAAACAACAACUCCAGCAGGUUUGGGAAAUAUUUGGAGAUUCAUUUCAAAGAUGGUGUCAUCACUGGAGCUAAAACCACCGAUUACCUUCUGGAAAAAUCAAGGAUUGUGACCCAGGCAAGUGACGAGCGGAACUACCACGUAUUCUACGAACUGUUGGUUGGUCUUACAGAAACCGAGAAAGAAAAAUACGGGCUGCAGUCUGCAGAAAAAUACUUCUAUUUAAAUCAGGGAGGUUCAUAUUUAAUCGAAGCCAAGGAUGACUCGGAAGAUUUCCGGUCGCUGUUGUCAGCUAUGCAAGUCCUCGGCUUCACGUCUGAGGAGCAGGACACAAUAUUCCGGAUACUGGCAGCGGUGUUACAUAUUGGAAAUGUGUAUUUCCAUAGAAAGCAGAUGAAGCAUGGUCAAGAAGGAGUGGAGAUCGGGAGUGAUGCAGAGAUCCGGUGGGCUUCUCAUCUCUUGCAGUUAUCUGUGGAAGGAAUCCUUCGGGCUCUCACAACAAAAACCACAGAUACUACCAAGGAUAGUGUCAUCACACCUCUGAAUAUUGACCAAGCAUUAGAUGCCAGGGACGCUGUGGCUAAAGCUUUGUACUCGACCCUGUUUUCAUGGCUUGUACAGAGGGUCAACCAGAUUGUCUAUAAAGAGAAGAAGCAAACAUCUAUUGCCAUAUUGGAUAUCUUUGGGUUUGAAAACUUCCGAGAGAACAGCUUCGAGCAACUGUGCAUCAACUAUGCCAAUGAGACAUUCCAGAUGUUCUUCAACAAGCACGUUUUUAAACUCGAACAGCAAGAGUAUGCCAAGGAGAAGAUAGAGUGGCAAGCCAUCAGCUACCCUGACAAUCAGCCUGUCAUCAACCUUAUUUCCAAAAAACCAGUAGGAAUAUUCCCCCUCCUGGACGACGAAAGUAACUUUCCAAAGGCCACCGAUGUCUCGUUUCUGGAGAAAUGUCACUAUAAUCACGCCCUCAGUGAAUUGUACAGCAGACCCAGGAUGUCAUCGAUGGAGUUUGGUGUCCAGCAUUAUGCUGGUCAAGUCUGGUAUUCCGUGGAUGGCUUUCUUGACAAAAACCGGGACACUUUCCGUGCAGAUGUCAUGGACCUGUUGAUCAGCAGUAAAAUCUCGAUGAUAGCAUCGAUGUUCUUAGACUUACGUAAGACCAAGGAAGCUGCUAAAACCAUCAAUAAAAGUAACGGUAGGUUUGUCACCAUGAAGCCGAGAACACCGACAGUGGCUGCCCGUUUCCAUGACUCCCUCCAUUCUCUUCUGGAGACGAUGGUGAA